AUGGCGACAAAGUUCCUCACAGAUCGAGUAGCUGUCGUUUCCGCCUCAUCUAAAGGUAUCGGAUUUGCUAUUGCAAAGCGCUUAGGAGCCGAUGGAGCCUCCGUUGUUGUGAGCAGCAGAAAGUCAAAAAAUGUCGAGGAAGCUGUCGAAGCCUUAAGAGUUGAGGGUAUAAAUGCUGCAGGAGUGACCGCACACGUUGGGAUUAAAGAGGAUCGCAAAAAAUUGAUAGAAUUCGCUAUUGAUCGAUUUGGCAAACUCGACAUCCUCGUUUCCAACGCAGCUGUCAAUCCCCAUUUUGGUGAUAUCAUGAGCAUUUCUGACUCGCAAUGGGACAAAAUGCUUAACAUUAAUGUGCAGUCUUCCCUCCAGUUAACUCAAGAAGCUGUACCACACUUGGAAGCCAGUGGUCGUGGUAAUAUCGUUCUGGUUUCGUCGAUUGCUGGCUAUGCCCCUCUUGAUGGACUUGGUGCCUAUUCUAUAAUGAAGAGCACCCUCAUUGGUCUCAAUAAAGCUCUCAGCCAAUCACUUGCUAGGCGGAACAUUCGAGUGAACGCUAUUGCUCCAGGAAUUAUACGAACGGACUUCAGUCGAGCGUUGUAUAUUAAUGAAGUUGAUCAUGAAAACUGGUUGAGAACGAUCCCGCUGAAUCGGCUAGGAGAAGCUGAUGAAUGCGCUGAUGUUGUGGCAUUCCUGGUAUCAGACGAAGCGAGUUAUAUAACUGGAGAGACAAUUGGUGUUAACGGUGGUAUGCAAGCGCGUAUAUAA